AUGAUAAGAGUAGCCGACCUCUCCUCCACUCGACUAUCAGCCGCGAAGCUGGACCGCACCACCAAAGGCCGCAUGCCUCUCUGGUACCACCUAGGAAGCACACUGCCCCUCUCACGCCUCCAGGCCUCAACACCGGCCUCAUGCCUAUGCACCUCACACAGAGUCCACACUGUAGCCGAUGCCCUACGAGUGACCACGCGACUUGCUAUGCAACACCCAAGGCGACACCUAGCCCGCAAGAACUGCGCGUGCCCCCCCUGCCGCCAGGAUCGCGAAGCAGGCUGCAGCCACCCGCACCAAUGCUGCACGCUCGCCAAUGAACUAAUAGCAAAUCUCCGUCCACGAUGGCACCCGAGCCACCUCCCGCCUCCGGAUAACCUAUCCCUUACCGGCCACCGGCACAGCCACAAUGGCUCAGUCACCCUAGGAGGCGAGCAGCACCGCAUACUCUUCGACCCAUCACUGACCAUUGCCGAUGACCUUUCGUCCACCAUACGCACGUUCUGCCGCUCCAAUACUGACCCAGAUGCUCUGGCAUACCGGCCUCUUGUACCUCCACAUGCUGACGUCACCCCCAUUACCGCAUACACUGAUGGCUCUUGCCUACACAAUGGCACCGCCUUCGCUCGAGCAGGGAGCGGAGUCUACUUCGGCCCCAAUGAUGCCCGCAACCGUGGAAUGCGUGUCCCAGGCCCUAUCCAAUCGAAUCAAGCAGGUGAACUCUUCGCAGUACUAGUCGCAUGCUCUCUCAUCGACGCAACCGCACCACUGCACAUUGUGUCCGAC